AUGAGAUGUAUCAAAGCCAAUCGCGCAUGCGGUGGCUAUGAACAUGGUACAUUUUCUACAUUUCGACAAUAUGGAACACAAGGCGCAUAUCAGCCAUCGUCAAUCCCAUCGACGGCACGGAAGUGCAGUAUGCCAAAGCGUGUCCCUGUCCCGGGUACCAACGUCCUUCCCGAAGACACUCUACCGGCAGAAACGUCACAGGCGGAGAGCAAUGGGCUUGCUCUAAGGGCUUUCUUCUACGACUACUGCAUUGUUUCGACCAAUCAAAAUCUCUCGCGGGGGUACCUCUCUGGUCUGGAGAUGAUGGCGUAUCGUCUGGGACCGAAGUCUGACCUUGUGAAAGCUUGCCAAGCCGUAGCGUUCGGGAGCCACGGCAAGCCAUUAAACAGGCCUCAACUCGUACAAAAGGCUGAGAUGUUCUAUCAAGAGCUCCUUGGAUCUUUGGCCAGGGCCAUCGAAAGUCCAGCCUCGGCCAAUGUUACGGAAUCAAUCCGAGUCGCUAUGUUGUUGGGACUCUAUCAGAUGACAAUGGCCAGUGAGACUGAUCACGGCGAUCAUGAUACUCAUGCCCGGGGCUUAGCAGCGCUCAUGAACAUUGGGCAUUGGCCUCUGGAUCUCUUGGGCACGGUUCGAUCCGGUCCCCCCAAAUUUCUGCCCGUCAGCAAGGUGCCCUCUGUCUCGGGCGUGUUUUCUGUCCCUGCUCUGAGGGACCAAGCUGAAAGCUUAGACGACUUGUUACUCGACCUCGAUUUGUUGUGGACCACUUUCGAAGCCUCAUGUGAAUCGAAAGACUUCAGUGCGCUGAAGAACGAAAGCAUCGCUCUAGAUCGACGAUUUGCCAAGUGGCAAAACUCCCGAGUUACAGAAUUCAAGCCCACUCGAGUCGGACAUGUCAGUCAGAGCCGGUAUGAAUCCCAAAUCGCCGUGGGCUAUUGGCCCGGAAAAGUUGACACCUACUUCGACCUCUACGUGGCUGGCGUUUGGAAUAUAUUCCGUGCAGCUCGACUCCUACUCGUUGCCUUAAUUGUCAAGUUGUCGGACACCUGUGGGGGCCACGACAGCUUCAUGGACCUGAGUUAUACUGCUAAUGGCAUAGUGGAGGAUAUGAUUGCGUCGGUUCCGUAUCACCUAGCGGACAAUUUGCAGGCCUUUCUGAACGAGCUGGCGAGGAGCACAGAAAUAGCGGAUCCUGGCAAAUCACUUGGAGGCUUGCUUCUCAUGCAUCCCCUCUACGUUGCGUCCAAGAUGUCGUUCCUUUCCGAAGAGAUACGAGAGUACAUGCGGGCAUGUCUCACAUGGAUUGGGUCGAAUAUGGGUCUAGGACAGGCGACUCUGCUCGCAAAGGUGAGAGAAAUUCGGUCAUGGUCUCUUACACCACCCACAUGA